AUGGUGACAUCGACGCCGUCCGUCGAGAGCCUGACCAGGUCUCGUCUUGCAGUCGCGGCCUUCUCAGCCCUGGCAGCUGUUUCGAUUGGACUUUAUGCUUACCAUACAAAUUCGUUACACUUUGGUUCAACCACUGAACCACGCCUUCAUCGCAGCAAUGCCAUCCGCCGUACACGAAGAUCUCGCCGUCGCGACACAGAUUCCACCGCCGACUCCGACGACGCUGCUGGCGACGAGAACACUAACAUACCUCCUGCACGCCCUCUGGCCGAAACCGAACCCCAGCCCGCCGAUAACAGUGGUGAUGAGUGGCUAGAUGACGGCGGCCAACCUCCUAACCAACGAGCGGGCCACAACAUUGUUAAUCUGCUUUUCAGAGUUUCGGAAGACAAUGCGAAGCGAAACGGCUGCGUCCACAGAGGUUGCCAGUGUAACUCAUGUGGCAUGGUGCCUAUCCGAGGAGUUCGAUAUAGGUGCUCCAACUGCGCCGACUUUGAUCUCUGCGAGACUUGCGAAUCACAGUGUGUGCAUACAAGGACACAUGUCUUUUACAAAAUUAGAGUUCCCGCUCCUCCGUUUGGCCCUAGGCAAAUGCAGCCCGUCUGGUACACGGGCGACCCUGAUACCUGUCGACGAAAUCUCCCUAAGAAUCUGAUUGCGAAACUCACCAAGGAAACGGGUUUUGAACGUCCCGAGCUCGAGGCUUUCUGGGAACAGUGGACAUUCAUGGCAAAUACAGAAUGGCGAGAGGACCCCGAUGAAUUAUUCCUUGCAAUGGAUCGCAAGACGUUUGAGCGAUGUCUUGUACCCACCGGUCGUUCACGUCAUGCGCCUCCAAAUCUUAUCCAUGAUCGCAUGUUCACUUUCUAUGACUGGAACAAGGACGGAUACAUUGGCUUCUCGGAAUUUCUCAUUGGAUUGUCAUAUCGGAAACGUAAAGAUAAGCUACGCAAGAUCUUUGAGGGGUACGAUAUUGAUGGGGAUGGUUAUGUGAGCCGAAAGGAUUUCUUGCGCAUGUUUCGAGCUUACUACGUGCUGUAUAAGCAGAUGCACAAGGAUAUCCUUGAUGGCUUAGAAGACCAACUCUUCGCAAACACGGAGGCACAACAACUCGUGGCUAGUCGUCAACCACUCAGUAGCCUGUUUGGGCGUGAGGGAGGGGUUCCUAGUGGGGACGAAGGCAUGCGUUUUGAAGGCAAAACCGUUCACCGGGAUGGUACUGUUGAAGUAGCUGAGAGUCAUCAAGCUGCGGUGUCCAAAGAUAAAGAUGAUACUGUUUCUCGCCAGGAUAUACUCGCAAGUCUCUUCGCAUACAACGGCGACUGGUCCUCCCGCUGGCAGUCCGAGGCAAGAGUAAGGCUGAGCUCUGGCGAGGAGGAUGAUCAGAACCACGACCGAAAUGCAAGGACUCUAGGAGUAACGGAAGGCGACCGACCUUACCUGGUUACACUUAUUGAGCCCCCUACAUCGCUCGACGAGCUGCCCGAUGCAGUGAUGGGAGACCAUACUCUUGCUGUAGAAGACGUGGAACAUGAUGCUGAGUCUGGAGAUGAGGAGACGGAGCAUAAUGGGUAUCCAAGGCCGAUGAAUACUGAAAUCGAGGACCUGAUUGAGGCUCAAAACUACACGCGACAGCGACUAUCGAAGUCGGAGAAGCGCAGGCGGGAUAUGGCCCGGUCACGACUCCAUGACCGAUGGAGGCGACGAGACUUUUAUCUUGAUCAAGAAGAAGGCGCCACUCCCCCAGAAGGAUAUACUGAGGCAGACGAAUAUCCUCCGCUAGACGAGACUGAGGCGGGAGAGAGCUCCAUGUCCACAGAACACCCAUCAAGACCAUCCCGAUCACGAUCCAGCUCGAAAGUCCGGUUUGCCCACGAUGACGAAGAUUAUGAGAGCCGGUUCAACCACUCUGCAUCUUCCAGAGGCAUGUCGGAGCGAUGGAGGGCUCCCGAAAUUCCCAGCGUUGAACGAGAUGCAGGGAAGGAAAUCAUGUAUCAGGUGACACAGCAAGCAUUCAACGAGCUUCUAGAUGCUAUCUUCAAGCCCUCGGAAGAUCUUUACAUUGAAGCUCGCAAAACUAAGAAGAUGCGCGAGAAAUUCAAAGAUAUGAUUGACGCUUUUGACAUGCCCGAAGAUGGUAAUCCACCAGAGGGCUAUACGUCUCCCGCACCGGAGGCGCAAUCACCAAAGGUUAAGUCGCUGGAGGAUCUCUUGGCCGAAACUGGUUACUCGAUAGAUCCGGAAGUCGACCAGGACGCUGAACAAGAGAUCAACCCUGAGAUAGGUCAGAUUGGUGCCUAUGCUGCGGAGUGGCGAUCCCAUGAACGUGAUCCAACAUUUCCUCAGUUCCGUCCAAACCAUAUGACGUGUAGGGACGUGCUUCGAUUAGGACUGACAACGUAUCCUGACACCCGACCUCCGCAAAGCGAAACCGGCUCUGCCUUCGAUAUCACCGAGCACCACCUUUACAGCUGGAAGAGAUUGAACGCUGCCGAAGAAGAGGCGGCAGCCAGGAGGGGGUGGGGCAAACUGAGCUUUGAGGAAUUCGAAGAGAUCUAUCGAAAUCAGGAGUUCCGGGGCAACAGGCUGGAUUAUCUGGGUAGCUGGAUCGAUUUCUGCAUUCCAUAG